AUAAAAUAGCAUUUUCAAUUGAAAGAAUCCACCCGGAAACGACUCCCAAGUCCUAGCUAACAUAGAUCAAACUCCCUCUGUCUUACGUUAUCCCUUGCCAUCACCUGCCACAAAAGCUCCCUCUUCUCUUUAUAUAUAUACAGUAAUUGUGAUCACUUUACGUGUUACUUUUGCUUACAUCCGUUGCCUAUCUUUCCUAUCAAUGCCAAAUCAUCUCCUCCAUAAGUGCCCUUCCCAUCUCCUCUCAUACUGAAUAAGCAUAUAUAUGAUUUCAGGAAUGAUGCAACGUAUUCGGGAGAUACUGGUGUUUUUGUUCUUGGCCGUAUUUUCUAAGGCAGUGUACAGUACAAAGCCGCCUCACUGGGGAUAUGAGGGCGAGGCGGUGGCCAACCGAGCUAGCUACUGUCUGAGCUGGCGGAUGGCGGUGGAGGCCAACAACAUACGUGCAUGGCGCACCAUCCCAACUCAGUGCUUGCGCCACAUUGAGACUUACAUGAUUGGGGGCCAAUAUGACCGUGACCUCAACUUGAUAGUCGACCAUAUUAUUACUUAUAUUGAUGCUAUACUUCUCUCUCACGAUGGUUUGGAUGCUUGGAUACUAGAUGUUGACGACACCUGCAUCUCCAAUAUCUUUUACUACAAAGGAAAGAGAUAUGGGUGUGACCCUUAUGAUCCGAACGGGUUUAAGGCUUGGGCAUUGAGAGGAGGGUGUACAGCAAUUCCUGCAGUUCUAGAAUUGUUCAACAAGCUGGUUGAAAGUGGAUUCAAGGUAUUCCUUGUUACGGGCAGAGAUGAUGAAACAUUAGGCCAAGCCACUCUUGAUAAUCUGCACAAUCAAGGGUUUGUUGGUUAUGAGCGACUUAUUUUAAGAACAGCAGCUUACAAGGGACUAGGCGCGGUGGUGUACAAAUCCGAAAUUCGGAAGCAGCUGGAAGGGGAAGGUUACAGAAUAUGGGGCAAUGUGGGAGAUCAGUGGAGUGAUCUUCAAGGAGAUUGCAUCGGCAAUCGGACUUUUAAACUUCCUAAUCCCAUGUACUUUGUUCCUUGAAAUUAAUAGUACGUGCCAAUGAAUUAAGCUAGCUCACAAGAGAUAGAUUCAUCCUUAAGUGGCAUGAUUAUAAGAUUUAUGUUGUGUUGCCUAGCUGCUAGCUUGUAAUUACUUUAUUUCUGAUCAAUGAAUCAAAGAAAGAAAUUAUUAAAAAACAAUAACAUUCCAAGGAGAUUGUUAUUUUUUUUGACCCUUUGAAAGCUUGAGGUUUUUU